CAUAUCUCUCUCUCUCUCUGUAAAAAGAUAAAGAUUAAUGGGGCACGAAGAGCCAGGCAAAAGCUCUUCGCGCUGGGCUCCCACUAGAGAAGACAUGGAUAAAUCAAUAGAGAUGGUGAGGCCAAUACGAAGGGAAAUGUCAGCCUCAAGCCGAAGGCUUUCUUUCACCGCUCGAAUCAAAUCUGAGGUCAAGAGACUCUCCACCUUCAGUUCUCAGGAAUCAAUGAAGAUAGAGAGUACGAACAAUAAAGCCAUGUCGAGGAUGGUUCGAACUAAAUCGAGUGCAGAGAGAGGGCUUCAGAGCCUUCGGUUUCUAGACAAAGCAUCAGGAAGUAAUGAAGGAGAGGGAUGGAAUGCAGUUGAGAAGCGGUUUAAUCAAUUCGUGGUGGAGGACCGGGUCUCUAGAGAGAAUUUUGGGCGAUGCAUUGGAAUGGGUGAUUCGAAGGAAUUUGCAUUACAGCUCCUUGAUGCCAUGGCAAGGCGUAGGAAACUAGAUGUCGAAAACGGUUUAUCGAAAGAGCAGCUUAAGGAGUUAUGGGGAGAAAUGGCAGAUCAAAACUUCGAUUCUAGACUUCAGAUAUUCUUUGACAUGUGCGAUAAGAACGGUGAUGGCAAACUUUCGGAAGAUGAGGUGGAGGAGGUUAUCGUGUUGAGCGCCUCAGCCAACAAGCUAGCGAAGUUCAAGGAGCAUGUGAAAACUUACACCGCACUAAUAAUGGAAGAGCUCGAUCCCGAUCAUUUAGGUUACAUAGAGAUAUGGCAGCUCGAGACCUUACUACAAGGGAUGGUGAAAUCACAAGGGCAUGAGGCCUUCGAAAAGAGCAGCCAAGCUCUGACUAGGACCAUGAUCCCCAAGAGAUAUCGGAACCCAGUAAACAGAUACCUCGAUUAUGCCAAAGACUUUGUGCAUGAGAAUUGGAAGAGGAUAUGGAUACUUCUUCUGUGGAUCAUUGCGAAUGUAGCACUAUUCACAUGGAAAUUUGCACAAUACAAGCAAAGAUCCCCAUUUCAGGUUAUGGGGUACUGUGUGUGCACAGCCAAAGGAGCGGCAGAAACCUUGAAACUCAACAUGGCAGUCAUACUCCUACCAGUUUGCCGAAACACCAUCACGAGGCUAAGGUCGACUUUUCUGAGCAAAGUUGUGCCUUUUGAUGACAACAUCAACUUUCACAAGGCAAUCGCAUUUGGCAUAGCAAUUGCAGUUAUAGUACACACAGUUGCGCACCUUGGUUGCAAUUAUCCCAGAAUCACGUCAUGCUCAAACACAAAAUUCUUAAGAACAAUAGGGCCUGAUUUCAAUAACAAGCAACCCACUUUCCAGAGCCUGGUCUUCAGCUUCCCUGGCAUGAGUGGAAUCAUCAUGAUCUUUCUCAUGUCAUUUUCCUUUACACUAGCGACGCACAGCUUUAGAAGAAAUGUCGUGAAAUUGUCUUGGCCCCUCCACCAUUUGGCUGGUUUUAAUGCCUUUUGGUAUGCACACCACCUCUUCGCCGUUGUCUACUUUCUCCUCGUCUUCCAUGGUUUCUACAUGUACCUUGCAAAACUCUGGUAUAGCAAGACAACAUGGAUGUACUUGACAGCCCCAGUUUUGUUCUACAUUUGUGAGAAGACAACCAGACUUUUCAGAGAGAAACACUAUCGAGUCAGCAUCAUCAAGGCUGCAAUAUAUCCAGGAGAUGUAUUGGCGUUGUAUAUGAGUAAACCUCCGGGAUUCAAAUACAAGAGUGGGAUGUACAUGUUCAUAAAGUGCCCCAAUGUUUCCCCUUUUGAGUGGCACCCCUUCUCCAUUACCUCUGCACCAGGAGAUGACUACUUGAGCAUCCACAUUCGUACAUUGGGGGAUUGGACAACAGAGCUGAGAAUGCAUUUUGAACAGGUCAUUCAGUCUGGUACAACCUACAGGAAGAGUGGCCUGACUAGGCUCGAAACCACAGUAUAUGCUGAAGCAGGUGUUCCCCAUUCUAGGUUUCCCAGGCUUUUAAUUGAUGGACCAUAUGGUGCCCCUACUCAGAACUACAAGAAAUAUGACAUACUUUUGCUCAUUGGACUGGGAAUAGGAGCCACCCCAAUGAUCAGCAUACUAAAGGAUCUUCUCAACACUAUCAAGUUGCACGAAUUUCGCUCCAUUGAUUAUGAUGAUUCCAAAGAUGUGCACGAAAUUCAAAUAACAGAAGUUCGAAGGAAUAAGGGAAAGGGACCAAAUCGGGCCUAUUUCUACUGGGUCACAAGAGAACAAGGCUCUUUCGAAUGGUUCAAAGGGGUCAUGAAUGAAGUUGCGGAGUUUGAUCAUAACAAAAUUAUAGAAAUGCACAACUACCUAACAAGUGUGUACGAAGAAGGAGAUGCUCGAUCAGCACUCAUUGCCAUGGUUCAGUCUCUGCAACAUGCCAGAAAUGGAGUGGAUAUUGUCUCUGGAAGCCGGAUACGGACGCACUUUGCCAGACCGAACUGGAGUAAAGUGUUUGCAGAACUAGCCAACACCCACAAAACAGCUCAUAUAGGUGUCUUCUAUUGUGGGACACCUACGCUUACGAAGAUGCUCAGGAAGCUCUGUCAAGAAUUCAACCACGGCACCACCACCCACUUCCACUUUCACAAAGAGAACUUCUAGUAUACUGAGCUUUUUUUUAAA